CCGACUGGCAGCUGCCUGCGUUUCCCUGCCUUCCCCUCCCACCGUGGGGCCGGGGGUCCUCACGCUUCCGCCUUUCCCUUCGCCCUUUCCCAGCCAACGCUGGACUUUGCACCCCGUUGAUGCCGCCCCACGGCCAAAGACCGCUGCCGCUUUUAGCUCUCGGGGGGCUCCUCGAGCCUCCCACGCCGGGCAGUGCUGGUGGCUGGGCAGUUUUUUGCCCUGACGCCCCAGAAACACGCAGAAAACACGUGUAUGCACCGCUCCUUGCUCAGGAACACGGGGUCAGGGGGCAAACAGGGGCUGGUUGGUGUCGGUAGCAGCACGGAGACACGGUCUGUGGCUUGGGGGGCUGCAGCGUGGCUGUGUUUUGGGGGGGAAAACCUCUCUGAGAGUCUGAAAUGGGUCAAAAUCCCUCCCCGGUGACGACCUGAGUCCUUUCCGUAACCGAGUGCGUGUGGAUCUCAAGUGGAGAUGGGUGAAAUCCUCACCGGCCGUGGCUUUUGGAACGUAGCCGUGCUGAGGUUGCAAAACACGGCUCGUAACUCUCUUCCCUCUUCCCCCCCCCUCUCCAGGCCUGUGCUUGGAGCCCACGACGCCCAGGUGGCAGAAACCACCACUGCGGAGGCCGAAAUUGGGGUGAAAUCGGGAAGCCCCUUCCCGCGCCGCCUUCGGAGAUCGGCACCGAGUUAUGCUUCAUCUGACGGCGAGGUGGGGCGUCUUCGGGGGCCGUCGCCAUGUCUCUGUGCCAAUGCGCGGUGAAGCACAGCGAGUCGGAUGCCGAAGGCUGCUGUUUCUCAGCGAGCGGCGGCUUGAAGGUUUGCCUGCACUGGAGCGGCGAGGAGGAGCGGGAGCGGUGCCAGACCUACACCCAGGGCACGCUCAGCGCCGAGGAGAUCUGCAUCGACCUGGCGCGGAGGAUCGGCAUCACGCCGCUGUGCUACAGCCUCUUCGCCCUCUACGACACCCAGAACCGAGUCUGGCUCCCGCCCAACCACCUCUUCAAAAUCAGCAAAGACACCAACCUCAACCUGCUUUUCCGGAUGAGGUACUACUUUCGGAAUUGGCACGGGAUGAACGACAAGGAACCAGCAGUUUAUCGUAACGUGCCCCGGCAGAACGAUUCCCCCGACGAGAAGCUGCAAGGUGGAGCCUUGCUCGACAAAUCGUCCUUCGAGUAUCUGUUUGAGCAGGGAAAAUUUGAAUUUAUCAAUGACGUCGCAUCAUUGAAAGACCUCCAGACCGAACAGGAGAUCCAGAGGUUCAAGAACGAAAGCUUGGGCAUGGCUGUGCUUCACCUCUCUCACAUCGCCAUCAAAAAAGGCAUCUCCCUUGAGGAAGUGGCCAGAAAAUACAGCUUCAAGGACUGUAUCCCGCGUUCCUUCUACCGUCAGAUCCAGCAGAACAACUACCUGACCAAAUUCCGGAUGAAAAACGUCUUUAAGAAGUUCGUGCAGCGUUUCCAACGGCACACGGUCAGCACCGGCAAGCUGACGGUACAGGACAUCAUGUACAAAUACCUGGCUACCUUGGAGCACCUCGCGCCUCGCUUCGGAAGCGAGCUUUUCCCCGUGCUCUCCUUGGAGACCUCCUCCGAGGGCGAAAAGGUGCAGCUGUACGUCAAUGGGGGACAUUCGCAGCCGGAGCACGGGCACGCGCUGCUCCCCAAGGACCGACCCGUCACUCACGAAGUCCUCGUCACCGGCACGAACGGGAUCCAGUGGCGGCCCGUGCCUGUAGAGAACACGGAAAACUUCUCCCACCGUGGAUAUUUUGGGAGAAAGAGCAGAAACAAAGAGCUGGAGGCCAAGGGGUCGACUCAGCCGGCGGAGCGGAGCGAGCCGAAAUGGGCCCAUUUCUGCGAUUUCCGGGAGAUCACGCACAUUGUCAUCAAGGACUGUCGGGUCAGCAUCAACCGGCAGGACAACAAGUGCCUGGAGGUGGUUCUCCCAUCCUCCGAGAGCGCGCUCUCCUUGGUCUCGCUGGUGGAUGGCUAUUUCCGACUCACAGCUGAUUCCAGCCAUUACCUUUGUCACGAAGUGGCGCCUCCACGAGUCGUGAUGAGCAUCUUGAACGGCAUCCAUGGACCCAUGCAGGAGGAGUUUGUUUUUGCCAAGCUCCGGCGGGAGGAACAGGAGGAAGGACUCUACAUCAUCCGCUGGAGUGUCCUUGACUUCAACAGGAUGAUUCUCUCCGUGGUGAAAAGGGGCCAUCAGCAGGCUCCUGGGAUGCAGGGAGCCCUCAAGUACAGGCAGUUCCGGAUCCAGAAAAAAGGAAACUCCUUUGUGCUGGAAGGGUGGGACCGAGAGUUUUCCACUUUGCGGGAGCUCUUGGACGUACUCAAGGGCUGCACGCUCAAGUCUGGCGAUGAAAGCUUCACGGUGAAGAGAUGCUGUCCGCCCAAACCAGGAGAGAUCUCGGACCUGCUGAUCAUGCGGAAGGUGAAGGAUAGCGCCAAGCAGAUCCUUAACCUGACCCAGCUCAGCUUCCACCAGAUCCGCAAGAACGAGAUCACUCAGCGAGCCCACCUGGGGCAGGGCACCCGCACGAACAUCUACGACGGGGUGCUGAACGUCUGCGGGACCGCCGGGGCCGACGACGAAGCCGAGUAUUUUUCCACCGAACAGAAUAACAACAGCCGGGAGAUGCACGUGGUCCUCAAAGUCCUGGAUCCCAGCCACAGAGACAUCGCCCUGGCGUUUUUCGAGACAGCCAGCCUGAUGAGCCAAGUGUCGCACGUGCACUUGGCUUUCGUGCACGGAGUCUGCGUGCGAGGCUCCGAGAAUAUCAUGGUGGAGGAGUUUGUGGAACACGGACCUCUGGAUGUGCUGCUGCGGAAAGAGAAAGGCCGGGUCACCGUGGGCUGGAAAAUCACCGUGGCCAAGCAGUUGGCCAGUGCCUUGAGCUACCUGGAGGAUAAAAACCUGGUGCACGGCAAUGUGUGCGCGAAAAACAUCCUGCUGGCCAGGAAGGGGCUGGAAGAUGGAUCUGUGCCUUUCGUGAAGCUCAGCGACCCCGGAGUCAGCUUUACGGUGCUUUCUCGAGAAGAGCGCGUGGACCGAAUCCCCUGGAUCGCUCCGGAAUGUGUCCGGGAUGUGGGAAACCUCAGCACGGCGGCUGACAAAUGGAGCUUUGGCACCACCUUGCUGGAAAUCUGCUUCGACGCCGAUGUCCCGCUGAAGGAGCGCACUCCUUCGGAGAAAGAACGUUUUUACGAGAAGAGGCAUCGUCUGCCCGAGCCAUCCUGCAAAGAGCUGGCCACCCUCAUCUGUCAGUGCCUGAAUUACACCCCGGUCGAGCGUCCGUCCUUCCGGACAAUCCUGCGGGAUCUCACCCAGCUCCAGCCGCACAACUUGGUCGACGUCACCUCGGUGAACCCCGACUUCCCCGUGUCGGACCCCACCGUCUUUCAGAAGCGUUACCUGAAAAAGAUUCGGGAGCUGGGGGAGGGUCACUUCGGCAAAGUGAGCCUUUAUUGCUACGACCCCACAAACGACGGGACGGGGGAAAUGGUGGCUGUGAAAUCCCUCAAAUCCGGCUGCAGCCAACAACUGCUGACCAGUUGGAAGAGGGAGAUCGAGAUCCUCAAGACUCUUUAUCACGAAAACAUCGUCAAGUACAAGGGUUGCUGCAGCGAGCAGGGAGAGAAGAUCGUGCAGCUGAUCAUGGAGUACGUUCCUCUGGGCAGCCUGCGGGACUACUUGCCCAAGCACAACGUCAGCCUGGCCCACAUCCUGCUCUUCGCCCAGCAGAUCUGCGAGGGCAUGGCCUACCUGCACUCCCUCCACUACAUCCACAGGGACCUCGCCGCCCGCAACGUGCUGCUGGAGAAUGAAAACGUGGUGAAAAUCGGGGAUUUCGGUUUAGCCAAAGCCAUCCCCGAGGGUCACGAGUAUUACCGCGUCUGCGAGGACGGGGACAGCCCCGUCUUUUGGUACGCCGUGGAGUGCCUCAAGGAGUGUAAGUUUUACUACGCGUCUGACGUCUGGUCCUUCGGGGUGACGCUCUACGAGCUCCUGACACGCUGCGACUCCGGCCAGAGCCCUCCCGUGAAAUUCAUCGAGAUGAUCGGGGCGACGCAGGGGCAGAUGACGGUGCUGCGGCUGAUUGAGCUGCUGGACAGGGGCAGGAGGUUGCCGAGUCCCAAGGACUGUCCUUGCGAGAUCUACCGGCUGAUGAAGAACUGCUGGGAAGCGGAGGCUUCCUUCCGCCCGGCUUUCCACAACCUCGUCCCCAUCCUCAAGAACUUCCACGAGAAAUACAGAGCUCAGGCUCCCUCCGUCUUCAGCCUCUGCUGAGCUGGGAUUCUGGGGGGGGACGACACCACACACGACGUACGGACCACCCCUCUCCGCUCCCCAAAACGCCGCGGCCGGCGUUUUCCCGGCGGCGUUUCGGCACGGGAUGAGGAAACGUCGGGAUGAGGAGGUGAGCGUGUGGCAGAGCAGCACCCACGGGGGUUGGGUGGGGGGAUCUGAUGCCCUCCCCCCCCCCCAAAGCCACGCCGUGUCCCCCCCUUGUGCUCCGGACCCGCGGCCAUCCCGUGCCGAUCCUUGCGGCACGCCGCGGCACGCCGCGCCUCUCCUGCCGAACACUGUGAAUGAGACUGUGGGGAUGGAUGAGGGGGGGGGAUUUAUGGCCUUACACCCCCCCCCCUCGCUCCCUCCUCUUCCUCGGAGGGUGUGGGGGGGUCACCUUUGGGGACCGUGUGGGCUGCUGGAUCUCCUUUCCCGUGGAAUUUGGGGUGCCCCCCCCAAAAGGAUGGAGGUUCAGCAAAAGAAUUUGGCACUUUAUUGGGGUUUGGGGUCUCUGCUGCCUUUCUGCCCCCCCUCAGGGUGGGGGGCAAGGUCUCCCCUCACCCCAUUCCCUCCCCCUUUUGCCCCAGGACUGUUUUUGGGGUGCUGGGGGGGGGUGCUGGAGGAAGAGGGGGCCUGGCUGCCCCCCCCAAACUGUCUGCAAGGGGAGAUUGUCCCCCCCUUCCCCCUUAUUUAUUGCCUGCCGGCUGCCCUCCCCCCCUCAGUGGGGGGGGCCUGUGGGGUGGGGGGCCCCCCCUUACCCAAUAAAGGAUGUAAUGGCC